AUGCGGAGAGGAUGUAUGCAAAAGAAUCGAGAGAUAUCAUGUUAUCUCUUGACAAAGAUGUCAUGGAAAGGAAAUUAUAAACGUCUGUUUACAAUCGGCACACUCGGUGUAACGACGUAUAAUAAAGAUACCUUAAGAGUGACAAAUCAGUGGACAUAUGAAGAAAUUUUUGAAGUGCGAGUAGAUCAUAACACAAAAUCGAGUCAACCGCAUCUUAAACGUUUUAUUAUGGAUUUAUUGGAUUCGAAUCGUAAACGUCAUGAGUUAACAUUUGCUACAGAAUAUCGUGUUGAAUUAUUAUCAGAUUUAUUGCAAUUUCGUGAUCGAUUCAUAAAGGAGAAUAAACCAAAUGUGAGGAUACAUGCUACUAAAGUCAGUUGGUCUGAAUCAACCUAUGAUGUUAUUUUGGAUAUUGGCCCAGUUUCGGUUAGUAUGCGUGAUCCACGUACUGGUGAAGUUUGGAAAACGUAUACAUUCAAAGAUAUUGAAUGUGUCAGUAAGAUAAAUGAUAUUCCUAAUUCAGUGGCUAUUGUUCAUGGUGGAUUUGGACAUAUUCACAUAUUCCUUACACGUGAACCAGAUAAUCUAAUCCGUGAGAUCAAUAAAUCUGCUCAGGCCAACUUAUCACUUACAUUCAGUCAACCUAGGAAUCCGUUAACACGAGAUUAUUGUACAGAAUAUAGACUGGGUAAAAUCAGUCAAGAGAAUAUGAUAUCUCAAGCAGAAUUCACUGUCCAGAAGUUCUCUAAUCGUUAUGGUUCAUCAAAUCAAAUGAAAACUGUUUCACGUCUUAUGUGUUUAACUGAAACACUUUUACUGGAAAGAGAUCCAACUAGUUAUCGUCCAGUUUCAGCUAGUCCACUUUGUGAAAUAAAUAGACUUGUUCGUGAUCGUUUUCAACCACAAAGAUUUUCUAUUGAAUAUGUUCGUGGUAAAAUAACAACAUAUUAUUCUACGGAUAGAGAUGCCCUAUUAGCUUCACUGUUAGAUGGUGUACGAGCUAGCGGGAAUCGUGAUGUCUGCGUGUGCAGUACAUUUUCUGAUCGUGAUCUACGCUUUAUGCCGUUAAUUAAUUCAUCAACAGAAGAAAUUGAAUCAGUGCAUUUACGACUUUUACGUCAGCGUCCAGAGGGUUUAUCAUAUUGGGAAGCAGUACAACGCUUUAAUGCUAAUGUUGCUUACAGUGGUUUAUUGCAUGCAGUUACACAAGAUGGUGUUUUUGCAGAGAAUAAAGAAAAACUGAUUAAAGAUGCCUUGACAACUAUUCUAACACAAGAAGUUCGCCUAAUUGAUAUGGCUGGUUUACCGUCUAUAAGACGAAUGCAGAAUACUAAUACCGCUGAAAUUCCAAAUGCAUCAACACCUACUACUACUGUCCCAAGUAGUAAUUCGCAUAAUGAAUUAAUUUUCGUCGAAGCACAAUUUCAUGCAUUACGUCGGCUAGUAGCAUCAAAAGCUGGAUUUAAUGCUUUCACUCAGUUGCCUGGAAUGCGUGUUACAUUGGGUCAAAUUGUUGUCAAUGCGCUGAAACUCCGUGAUGAUGCUGUCACGCAUGCUGUAUUAGACGCUAUCAACACACUGAUGCAUCCAAUGCAUGAUCAUCCAGAUAUAAGACAAGAACAAUUGAAUAAAGCGUCAAUUAUGUCUAGUGAAGUAUUUCUCUCUCAUCUAGUGGAUAUAUUCACAUUGCAUACUUUACGUGGAAGUGGUUCCCUCGUCCUCUGCGCACUAUUAGAUUUCUUCACUUACGGUGUAUGCUUACCAUAUUCUGAAACAUCUGAAGGUGGUCUAUUCGACAACUUGUUACGUCUACUAGCCAAUCGUGGUAGAGCUUUGUUCCGGUUAUAUCAUCAUCCUAGUUUAGCAAUUGUUCGUGGUGGUGGAAUGAUUAUGCGUGCUUUAAUUGAAGAAGGUGGACCAGAGGUUGCUAAAGAAUUACGUAAUCUGGCCUUGACAGAAGGUGCAUUAUUUCAUCAUUUUUGGAUUGCAUGUUUCACUCAAGGAAAAGAUCCCCGAAGUCUAGCUGUACAACAGCUCAGUCGUCAAUUAGUUGCAUUAUGGUCUGAGAAUAAUGAUGAUGCAUGGGAUUUAUUCAAGCGAAUGCUUCCAUUGGGUUUAUUAUCAUUUUUAGAGUCAAGCGAAGAACCACCAGUACAAGUUGUCAAUAUGCUACCAGCUAGAGACAAUUUACAACUGGCUCAUGAGCAUAUGAUGCGUAUUGAAGAACGUAAACAGACUAUAACUUAUCAAUUGGAGACUAAAAUUGAUGAUCUACUUACUCAUUGGCGUUUACGUGUUGGUCUGCCUAUACCAAAGAUUACUAAACCGAAUCAUUUAAAAGAAGCUGAAGAACGUCCUGUUGUCCUUCGACGACCUAGACAUCUAUUACAAUCGUUACGUGGUGGUGAUACAGAAAAGCGUCAAUCAGCACUGAUCAAUUGGCGGUUAUUUUUCUAUCAAUUUCAACAAGAUCAUGCUAAAGCUGAUUUAAUUUGGACAAUGCGUACAAGGAAUGAAUUGCGCGAGGCGAUGGAGAAAGAACUACAAGAAUUUCGGCAAGAGCGAAGCUAUUUCGCGCAGAGUCGUCUAGAAGAAUUAGAUACUGCUGAUAUUGAUCGAUCAGAACCAGUAGGACCUGGUCAACCAGAAAGAAUAUAUCAUCCCAGUAGUGUUGGUCUGAGUAGUCGGGCACAGAGUACCCCAGAUAUCAGUAGUGCUGUAACAAAUGGAAUAAAAAAUCAUGUUGACGAGUCUAUAACAUCUACAACAACAACUACUACUAUUCAUUAUAAUAAUAGUAAUAGUAAUAAUAGUAAUGGUCAAUUACAAAUUGAUCAAAAUAUUGAUACAAAGAAUGCUUGA